AUGCGAGGAAAGGGCGCGGCGGGGUUCAGAUCGAGACGGAAAAGUCGAUCGGAAACGCCGUCUCCGCCUCCCUCGCCUUCGUUUUUGACGACGACGAGGACGACGACGACGACGACGAACGAGACGAAAGAAGAUGAGGAUGAUCUUCAUUCAAAGGAUCGAGUUGAACGACUCGUGGCGUGCGAAAUCGCGCGUCGUAAAGAACUGAAGAGGAGAAGAAACGAUAUGCUGGACCUAAAAUGCGUGGAGUGCGGGGCGACGGAAACGCCGCAGUGGAGGAAAGACGAAUCCGGCGAGUCCGUGUGUAACGCGUGCGGGGUGAGAAACCUGAGAAGGAGACGGAAAAAGCAACGAGAGAUGCAGCGAGCAAAAGACAUCCAACAACAAGAGGAAAAGAAAAAAAUAAAGAAGGAAAAGAAACGCCUGGUGAAAAUGGCCUUGUUCGGAGAGGCAUCGACGUCGACGAGUAGUAGCAGUUUUAGCGACGACGAGGAUAGCGAAGAGACCGAGUACGGGAAAGAACAACGACGAGAAUACUAUCAACAGCUGCUUCUUUUGCGGCAGCAGGAACUACAACGAGAACGACAUCAACAACAACAACGAGAACGACAACAACAACAACAACAACAACAACAACAACAACAACAACAACAACGCGCGUGGAGGGGGAUGCCGCAGUUUCCAUCGGUUAUCAACGACAUCGUCGAGGCGGUUCGAUAUACUUUUUCUUCGAGUACGAGCAACUGGAAAAACGAGGACCAGCGCGUUCGCGCGGCGGAAAAGUUGGCGAAUUCGUUGUGCGAGAUGGAGGAGGAGUUUUUACAAGAAGAGGGCGCAAACGACGAUAUCGCGGCGAAAGCAGCGCAACAUCAACAAAGACAAGAAGAAACAGAAGAAGAAGAAGAAGUAGAACAUCAACAAAAAACAAUCACCGGGAGCGACAAUGAAGAAAAUGAAAACAACUUCGUAUCCAACGCCGUGCCGCCCAAUCACAUGUUGGGAUACAAUCACGCCAUCCAAGAAAUGAUGAGGUCAGUUGUAGAUCAAUCAAAUCGCCCGAGACCGUCGUCCUCGGCGAAUGACGGAACCGUCGAGGAGGAGGAGGAUUUAGAGGAGGACGCCAACAACGACGAGGGCUUUAGGAUUCAAAACUUAGUCUCGAACAACUCUCCAAAGGGCCCGUCUGGGAAGGCGGCAAAACCGGAUAUCAUCAAUUCCAUGGAGAAAGAGCGCAUCGUUAAAGCCAUUCAACAAAAAUAUUGGUCGAACAAGGAUAAGGAUGGUCUUUCGUCAGCACGACAACUUAGUAAAGAAGAGUGA